AAUUUAAAAAAAUUUUUCCAAAAAAAUUAAGAUGGCUGCUAAAACUAAAUUCAAGUGAUAGAUAUGUGCGGAGCAUGUUGUGGAAAACAGAAAAAAUUUAAAAAGGAGUGUUUAGAAGAGCACAAUAGAUUACGAGAAAUGCAUGAUUGUCCACCAUUAAAACUGGAUGCCAAACUGUCCAAGUAUGCUCGAAACUGGGCUAAGAGCUUAUCAAAAGGCGAUAAUCUGCAAUAUCGAAUUCCCAAGCUGCAUGGUGAAAAUAUUUACUAUACCAGAUACAAAAAUGUACCGGGAACGGAACCCGUCAGAUUUUGGUACAAUGAAAUCGUUAAUUAUGACUAUGGCAUUCAAAAAUUUCAAUGCGGUACUCAAGGUUUCACACAAGUCUUAUGGAAAAAUAGCUGUUUACUCGGAAUAGGUAUUGCAAAAAAGAAAGAACAGAUAUGGGUUGUUUGUAACUACAGUCCGACGGGAAACAUUCCAGGACAAUAUGCAGCAAAUGUUCCAACGAGAAGCUGCGAUGACGAUGAUUAAUUUCUUAAAAGAGGGUUUUGAUUGAACAAUAGAAAUCAUAUGUUUUGGAAAUAGUAUGUUAGUCACACAAUUGUUAGACGAAAUAAAUAAUAUUUAUUAUAAUUU